ACUAUCUGUAUUUCACAGUGUUUUUUCCUAAUAUACACGCGAGCUUUUUUCACUAACUUCAAAGGCUAUAGUAGAGCUGUUUACUAUAUAUGUGAUAUAAAACCAAUUAUCGAUAGUUUUUGUCACGUGACUUUUCCUGUUUUCCGUACGCACAGAAGCGAUCGAAGCUUCAAUAGCAGAAAGCGGACGGUAUGUGACGGAAAGGAGACUUUUAGCAGUUAGGCUUGUCAGUAGAAUAGGCCUUGUCAUAAUGGUGAUACGACCUCGUGGACAGAGGGAAACUUUAUUGGAACCUAUCUAACUGCCGAAGCGUGGCAUAUUUAUUGCAUUGCUCUCUAUUAAGCCUAGUGUUUAUCUACAAAGGCCACUAACGUAACUAUGAAGGAUUAACAGCUAUCGUGUUUGUGUGCUUGGCCAUUGUGUUGAACAAAAUACGAGGUUAUAUUAUCAGAAUGAACGAUACGGCGUCCUCCCGAUUUCUUUCGCCUGAUUCAGCGGUAAACACCCAUCACACACGUACAAGAUCAUUUAAGAGUCGUUCCCGGACUCGCGACGUUGAUGACCCGGACUGCUGUGAUCGUCCGCGGAGGAACAGCAUGCCUUCCCGCGCGCGACAUCAAGUACUUUCGUCCUCCUUUAAUGACUUGUUUGACAAUACCGAAAACGAACAACCACAGAGUUUGAGAAGGGUCAGGUCUUUCAAAACUACCUCCAGGGGAGUAGUCAAUCGUGGCGACAGUUACAAAAAGAAAUCUUCAAAAGAGUCUCUAGCGUCAGGAGGUACGGUUCGUGAUGAUACCUCAGAACUCCAAAUUCUCGACAAUCAUAGCAAUAGUCCGACACCAAAGAUUUCCACGUCGACAUGUAGUGAUGACAUACCAAAAUAUUAUCAAGUGGUGGUCCUAGGGUCAGACGGGGUCGGUAAGACAUCCCUGACGGACCAGUUCAUGACGUCAGAGUAUAUAGGGCCCACGGACACCGGAAGUAUUGACCUUGAAGAAGACAAGAUGAUAACGGUGCUGCUUGAUGGUGAAGAAUCUACGCUUGUAUUCUGUGACCGUCCUGAAGAGGUUGACCUUGACGAGACUCAAGUUGACGCUUUUCUUGUUGUUUAUUCGACAAAUGACCGGCGAACGUUUGAAGCAGCUAGUGACCUUCUUUUUCAGCUCCGAAACGAGGUAGCCACAGACCGAGCUAUCAUCCUCGUGGCUAACAAAAUAGAUUUGGCGCGAAAACGCCAAGUCAGUGCUGACGAGGCUCGAUCCGUCGCCGUUAAGUUAGACUGUAAGUAUGCCGAGACAUCUGCCGCCCUGAACCAUCACGUAGACGAGCUCCUUGUUGGAAUAUUGAAACAGAUUAGACUGAAAAUGUCGCAAAGCGCAUUCGUAGGAGAGGACAUUAAAAAAAGUAAGGAGAGGAAAGGUUCUUUCAAAGCGGCCAAAGGUCUACUGCACAAACUGUUUAGAAAGGGAAGUAAAAAGGAACGGUCAUGUGACAACCUUCAUCAGUUAUAGCGGAAGUGACGUCAUGGAUGUAAAUAUUUGUGUUGGUGGGGGGAUAUACAUAAAAAAUGGAAAUAAUGUAUUAAAUGGUGCUUGAACUGUAAGUAGUCUUACGCUAAGUUAACGAAGUGGAUUUGCUAUUAAACAAUCCACCUCAACAUAUUGUUACAAUUUGAAACAUUCCCGGAAAUUGAUUAAUGAUGUUCGGUUGACACGAGGUUGUAGAAUAUAUAUGGCGACCCAUGUCUAGAACGCUGUUAUGUUACCAACAUUCCGUUCCUUCUCAAACAUUGCCGUCGCACACUUCAAGUCGGAUGUUACCUCAAGGUUAAUGAAAGUAAUAACACCCCAAAUUCCUGUCUAAUGUUGCACAGGUGGGUGAAAGCAGUUACAUCCCGAAUAUCUAUCUACUUCGUAAAAAGUGUAAUACCCUGCAUGUUCUAUCUCCUUGGACGCUGAAUUCAAUACAUUGUGUUGAAGAUGAACGACAGAGGAAACAUCCCGAUUAUCCUAACUCAUAUUUCAAAGAUGGAUGAUAGUAGGAAUAGUCCGAUUGCUCUGUUAAAUGUGCUACAGAUGGGUGAAAGUAUGGUACUUGGAUAACAAACCUGAAGUGUUCGGAAUAGGUGGUAUAUUUGUAUAUAACAAUAUUAUAAGUCAAGUACAUGCACUUUUGUAGACUAUUCAUAUUAUUGUGUGGUGCAGGGUCGGGAAAUAUCAAUAACCUUCUGUAGUUAAACAUUAAGGUCAAAGUAUCUUCAAACGUUCAUAAUGUGCAUGUUUAUAUAUUGGUGUUGACGUAGUUACGUGUUCUGGUGAAUAAACUUUGGUAUCUUAGAACAUAUUCGUGAGCAGUUUCUAUCCAAUUAUAGUAUAUGGAACAGAUCUGACUCCAAUUAUAGUAUAUGGAACAGAUCUGACUCCAAUUAUAGUAUAUGGAACAGAUCUGACUCCAAUUAUAGUAUAUGGAACAGAUAUGACUCCAAUUAUAGUAUACGGAACAGAU